AUGAAAAGGGAUACAAACAACCACAAUGGAAGUGCUUGCGCGUUCCACGAAGGUUCUAGCCAGAUGGUGGACACAUCUUUUCAUUCCACAGGAGACGGUAGUGGCGCUCCGACACAAAACGUCCAACAGCAAGAACAAUUACCACACCGUACAGGAACUGGGAAAAGGCGUGUAGGUGGGUUUAGUCCUUCAGUUGCACCGUUUGCAUUGGACACACAGGAUCCAACGCCCCAGCAGCGGAGGACCUUACUGGGCCGUGGUGGGGUAGAGGCCAUGAGACGGAACAGACAAGAUCAAAUGAACCUUUCAUGCAAUGAGUAUCCCGACCCCCCACCCGUUGGGGUGCGCGCUCCGUUGCGUCAUGUGGUGCGGCCUGGGUCCGCGAAGCACCAAGAGCAGUCUACAACAUGCAUAGAUGAAGAUACCCUGCGGCGAGCGAAGGCACGUUGUCCACAAAGCGCGCAGCAGCGUAUGCCCAGUUUUAUAUUCGGUGAGGAUCCGCAGGGGCCGCGAAGAACCGGACGCGCAAUGCACGCGCAGAGCUAUAAACCCACGUCCCUGUGGUGA